AUGUCGUGGGCUUUUACUGCAGCCGCCAUAAACAUUGGAACCGCGGCCCUGAUUAUCCUCGCCGACAUUUUCAUCCUUGUCAUGAUCUACAUGCACCGUCGUCGAUUUAAGAUGGAAGCGCUGGACAAGCGAUUCCAGGCGGCCCGUGACGCCGCGCUGUACGCUCGGACACCGGCCUUGGCCAUUGUGAUGAUCGCGAAGCAGGCGGGAAUGACAGAUGAAGAGAUCCUGGCCGAAUACGAACGUGAUUACCGCGAACGACGACAGAUUGUACAGUCGGUGAUGGGGAAAGAGGAUGCAAUGUGCGACUUUUUCCUCAAACGCUACAUGUCUCGUUUCGUGCAGUACGGCUACGCCGAGGAGGGCAUCAUCAUCACCGCGCUCAGGGAGAGGCUUGCCGCGAAGAAAAAGCCCGCCGCCAAGCCCGAGGUCAAGAAGGAAGAAAAGAAA